AUGCCGAAGCAGACCUUUGUCACACCAGCAGAGUUUUGGUUCCCGAAGUUCGUAGUGUUGUUGGCCUGCUGUGUUGGAGGAUUCUUCCUGCCAGAGCAGGACACCUUUCUGGAAGUGUGGAGGUAUGUGGGAGCUGUAGGGGGGUUUCUCUUCCUGCUGAUCCAGCUCAUGCUGCUGGUGGAGUUUGCUCACAGAUGGAACACUAACUGGAGUUCAGGUGUGAAGGACAACCGUCUGGUGUAUGGGGCGCUGGCUCGGCCACCUUGGUGUUGUUCAGUGGGCCUUCUCAGCAAGCCCAAAGAGAGUAGUAUACCGGAGGCUCAGCCCAUAGCGUUCUAG